AUGACAGACAAGGAACCUACCCCUGCCGAAGAGGCAGCUGCCCGCGCAAAGGAGGCGGCUGAGCAGGCAGCUCUGCCGUACAAGUGGGCGCAAACCAUUGGCGACAUCGACAUCACCAUCAAGCUAGGCGAGGGCUCUGAGAAGUACAAGGGCAAGGACCUCAAGGUCGAUAUCAAAAAACAACACUUGACUGCGGGGGUCAAGGGCUCCGACCCCAUCAUUGAUGGCGACCUCCCGCACGCCGUCCGCGUCGACGAAUCCACCUGGACGCUGACGACCAACCCGGACGGCACCAAGAACAUCGAGGUGCACCUGGACAAGGUCAACAAGAUGGAGUGGUGGCCGCACGUCGUCACGGACGCGCCCAAGAUCGACGUCACCAAGAUCAACCCCGAGAAUUCGAAGCUGUCGGACCUGGACGGGGAGACGCGCGGCAUGGUCGAGAAGAUGAUGUACGACCAGCGCCAAAAGGAGCUCGGCAAGCCGUCCUCUGACGAGCAGAAGAAGCUGGACCUGCUGGCAAAGUUCCAAAAGGAGCAUCCCGAGAUGGACUUUAGCAAUGCCAAGAUAAACUAA